GAUAAAUCAAAUUUAUGUCAACAAAGGAAAUCUCAGUUAUUGCUAUUCAGAAUUAUUUUGAAAAAUGUUCAUUUUAAAACUAUAUUCAACGUGGAAUUCACGACAUUACAUUUAAUUUACAUACCGUAAUUUUCUCAUGACUUAUUAAUUUGUAUAACCAUUUCAAUGUAUCUCAAGUAUGUCUCCUAGAAAACAGCCAAACAGUUUGUUCAAACUUUGUGUUAAAAGUUGUAUUAGUUUAAUAAAUUCCGCAUGUUCUGUGAUAGAGAAGACCUAUCCGGAGGAUGAGUAUUAUAUGUGUGAGCAGGCUUUGAUGUUAAAAUGCCACUUGAUGACUCUGCUUCCAGCCAGGUUGUUCGACGUGCUGUGCGCGCACCGCGGCUCGGUCCCGUACCGCGGCGACCCGCGCGCGCCGCUGCUGGUCCUCACGCACCCGCGCCUGAUGACCUUCCGCAAGGCCGACCUGGACCACGGCGUGGCGCAGCGCUGCUGGCUGCAGCUGCUGCCCGCGCUCACGCAGCUCGUCGUGCUCGACCUCAAGCUCAUCUGCACCGACGAGAUCCUGCAGGUGGUCGGUGCCACGUGCCAUCUCCUCGAGGAGAUCAACAUCGUUUCCAGGGUAGAUAUCUGUAAGUCGCCGUUUAAUGCGUCGGCGUUGAUCCGCAACGUGUCGGACGCGGGGCUGGCGCACGUGGCGCGGCUGCGGCGCCUGCGCGUGGUGGCGCUAGACCCGCCGCGCAACGAGCGCGCGCGGCGCGUGGGCCGAUGCGUGUCGCCGCGCGGGCUGCUGGCGCUGGCGGCCGCGCUGCCCGCGCUCGAGGACCUGCGCGUGGAGUCCUGCGACCUGGGCAGCACGCUGGCCGCCGCCGAGCGCCCGCUGCCGCCGCUCGCGCUGCGCCGCAUCAACUGCCACUCCGCCUCCGCGGACGGCGUUCGAAAACUAAUCAAAAUCUGCCCGCAUCUGCGGGAGCUCUCUGUCACGCAUUUAUCCGAGCAUAAUAAGGACCCUAUUCUUGAGGAGAUCGCUGCUUCUGACCUUCGCUUGCAGAGGCUAGACUUGUCGUUCUUCUCGUUCAGCGCGGUGAUGCAGCGGCUGCUGACGGCGCGGGGGGCGCUGCUGACGCACUUCUCGCUGUGGGAGCUGGACAGCGCGCUCACGCUGCCGGCGCUGGAGGCGCUGGGCGCCGCGUGCCCGCGCCUGGCGCACCUCACGCUCAUCACGCAGUCGCGGUGCCUCGCCGUGCCGCGCUACUACCGCCGCGAGCGACCCAUGUUCACAGAACUACGGACUCUCACGAUAGGCAACGAGAACUUCAACAUCCGCGACAUACUGACGUUCUUUCUGUCGUGCACGCGGCAGCUGCACAAGCUAGUGCUCAAGUAUCAGACUAAAGUUAACAUAGACGAUACGAUAGUGUAUAUAUUAGAGCGAGGGUAUUUGAGUAGUAUUAGUUACAUGUGGCUGGACUGCACGCUGGAGGUGUCGCCGGCGGUGGUGCGGCGGCUGGUGGACCGCUGUCCGGACCUGCGGGAGCUCACCGUGGACGUCCCGGACCUGGCGGACGUCCAGAGACACAUCCACGACAACAACCUGGACCUCAAGCUGGGCAGCUACUAGAGCCAACUGUAAAUUGUAUAUUUAUUUCUACUCAGUAGUUUUAGCAAUAAACUAGCUUAUUUUCUUA